CCUCUCUGCCCCUGACUCAGAGCCCCAGGAGCAGCUUCCCUCCUUUGCUGAAGCUUCAGCCCCAGGCCACUGCGACCAUGUCGGACGCCGAGGAGCAGGAUUAUGAGGAGGAACAACAGGAAGAAGAGGAGGCUGCCGAGGAGGAGGAGGAAGCCCCCGAGGAGUCGGAGCCGGUCGCAGAGCGAGAAGAGGAGAGACCCAAACCCAGGCCCGUGGUGCCGCCACUGAUCCCGCCAAAGAUCCCCGAGGGCGAGAGGGUCGACUUCGAUGACAUUCACCGGAAACGCAUGGAGAAAGACCUUCUGGAGCUGCAGACCCUCAUCGACGUACACUUUGAGCAGAGGAAGAAGGAGGAGGAAGAGCUCGUGGGGCUGAAGGAUCGGAUUGAACGUCGAAGAGCUGAGAGAGCCGAACAGCAGAGAGUCCGCACGGAGAAGGAGAGAGAACGCCAAGCCAAGCUGGCCGAGGAGAAGAUGAGGAAGGAGGAGGAAGAGGCCAAGAAGCGGGCGGAAGAUGAUGCCAAGAAAAAGAAGGUCUUGUCCAAUAUGGGGGCCCACUUUGGGGGCUACCUGGUCAAGGCUGAGCAGAAGCGUGGGAAACGCCAGACUGGCCGCGAGAUGAAGCAGAGGAUUCUGUCCGAGCGGAAGAAACCCCUGAACAUCGACCACAUGGGGGAGGAACAGCUCAGGGAGAAAGCCCGUGAGCUGUCCGACUGGAUUCACCAGCUGGAGUCUGAGAAGUUUGACCUGACAGAGAAACUUAGGCAGCAGAAAUACGAGAUCAACGUUCUCUACAACCGAAUCAGCCAUGCCCAGAAAUUCAGGAAGGGGGCCGGCAAGGGCCGCGUUGGCGGACGCUGGAAGUGAGCCUUCAGUGGAGGAGGGACCCGCGGGAGGAGCCCAGCGCCCCGGCCACGCCGCCCAUCUGGGCCCGUCCCAGAGAUGCUCCGCGAGCAGCCCCUUCCCUUGCCUGAAAUCCCGAAAUAAACCAACUCGCUUCUGAGCAGUC